AUGUGCGGCGCAAAUUCUGACGUGGCAAAUGAAGGAGAAGGGAGUCGAAAUCAGCUGGGUGGCGUGUUUCUUAACGGUCGUCCUCUGCCCGUCUAUAAACGGAAAAUGAUGAUUGAGCUCGCGACCGAGGGCGUGAGACCGUGUGAGAUCUCCAGAAUACUGAAGGUCUCUAACGGCUGCGUGAGCAAGAUUUUGGGCAGAUUUCAGCGCACAGGAGUUAUCGGUCCCAAGGUUACUGGUGGCAGCAGACCGAGACUCCUCACUUCUGACGUCAUCUCCAUCAUAGCGCAGUACAAACGGCAUAACCCAACACUCUUUGCCUGGGAGAUCCGACAGAAACUAGCAGCAGAUCGAGUGUGCAGAAGAGAUAAAGUCCCCAGUGUGUCCUCCAUAAACCGGAUUCUUAAAAAGAUCAAUCUAGAUGUGGACAUGGUGGGCAGUGCACAUCCAAAUGUAAACCACACUGGUAAUAAGUGUUUCGAUGUAAUGGACUGGACAAAUCAGCAACAAUGGAACACAAACCUGCGAGGCAGCUCACAUCGCAGCAGAACGUCUUUUACCCCAGAUCAGUGCGAGAGGUUAGAGAAAGAAUUUAUCCGUGGGUUUUAUCCAGACGUGUUGACAAGACAAAAGCUGUCUGAGGAGACAAAUAUUCCACAGGACACCAUUAAGGUUUGGUUCUCCAAUCGCAGAGCAAGGAUGAGGAGGGAGCAAAGGGAAGACUACAGUGAAUGUGGAUCAUUGGGUAUGUUCAGGCCGGUGGGAAAUAAGAAUUCUUUUAUUUCUCUGUCAGCAACUCAGGCCUCUAACAGCUCGCUCAACAGCUGCUUGAAUAACAAUGGCUCACUGGCCUACCCAUCACAAUCCACUUUUCCAUUGGCCUAUCAGACUGACAAAAACACUUUUCCAUUGGCUCGUUUAAACUCAAAUGCAUUUCCAUGGGAUAAUCACACUUUUGAGACUUUGAUCCCAUCAUUUCACUAUGAGAACGAGGACUCUGGAUACCGACUGGUUCCUUUGAACACUGAUGAAAGGAUCCUAAAGGCUAAUUGCUCACAGUGGGCUCCUCAUCAAACACUGAUGGGACAGAAUGCUUCAAUGUUUUGA